AUGGCAUCAGUACAGCCUGCUCCGUUGGAGCAAGUCCUUCACCAACUCGCCAAUGACCUGGCCGAACUGACCAGAAUCCUGUCUGGUCAGGAAAGGUCUGAACACGCACAGAACAAGCAACUGGUCGCACAGAAUUCUCCAGAAACUAAGAGCGAUGUGGAAAUGUCCACACAAUUACCACUCGAGGUGGAAACGAUUUUGUGUGCAACGCCAGUCGCCGGCUCUGACCUAACAGAAGCAAUCGUUUCAGUAGAAGUCUCAACGGACGCAACACGAGGUGUCCAUGAGAGUACUACAGCAUCUGAACCGCCGCUAGAGAUCGCGCCACUGCCAUGUGGAGCGCCAGCUACCAAUCCUGAUAUCUCGACAGAGGCUGUUCCAGCGAAUGUCUCAACUGACGCACCGCCAGACACUUCUGAGAAUACCGCAACGCCUGCGCCACCACAGCUCGAUGAUUCUAACCCCCCCGAAGAUGUCGUUACAGUAACGGGCGCUCCAUCAGAAGUCUCUGGGAGUCCUGUAGUGUCUGAGCUACCACAACCGGAUGCUAUAGUUCGCUUACCAAGAGAUCUGGAUGAGUGGUUCGUCAGCCCUCUUCCUACCGGCAUCCGCAUGAAGAUAUUUCAAGCUGCCGGUACUUCAUUUCUCAUGAGUCAUCCUUUAUUUGGUUUCAUGACAUUGAAACUGAACUUGGAGAAAGCUGGUGCUUCGACAUCGAUUCUCGAGGAAUUCACGGAAGAUCCCUCCGCAUGGGCCUCUGGGAACAGUAUUUUGAAAUCGCAUAUACACAAUACACGUACUACGUCAAAACCAAGUUCCAGUUGGUCGAACUUCCAGCCCUGGAAGGAAAAGAUGCGCUCAAACUUCAAAACCAUCCGUCAUGGAACGCGCGAGCUUUUCGUCCCGGAUUCUGGGACACCGUUUCUCUCCAGUCAAACGGAUCGGGUCGAGACACCAUUGGGUAAAGUUUGGCUCGACAAGUUGGGCCUGAUGCAUGAAAUCCAGGACACGCAUCGGCUGGACGAAUUGAUGUUCGAUCGGUCACUGCAGGUAUCCAAAAGAUACUUUUCAUUGCUUCAAUUCCUCAAGCUUGCCUCGAAUUCUCUGGAAGAAACAGCGUCCAACUUCGGAGCAAACCACAGGCACUUCCUCGAAGCAGUGUCCUCUGCUACUCAGACUAUACGUGACGACGAAUUGAAUGGCGUGAAAGAAAGCUGGAAAUACGUCGCCGAGUCCAUCAGUGUAUCAACUAAAAAGCUUCAGGGUCGUGUCAAUCAGCAAAUAGAAGACCUCAAGGUGCAUCAAGAAAGCAUGUUUAACGCAACAUCUUUGCGGGAGACCAACAACGGCAUGGCGUUGAACAGAUCUGUUUACGUGCUUACUGCCUUUACGAUUUUGUACACCCCCAUUGGGUUCAUGGCGACGUUUUGGGCGCUUCCAUUUCUGAACAGUCCCUCCGAUGGUGGAAAGCCAAAGGUACCCGACGGAUUCCAGGAAAGCUUUAUCACAGUACCCAUUCUCACAUACUUCAUUGCCUUUGUUUCCUGUCUCUACCUCGGCUCUUCACGGUUUCGCAAAAUUUCAACCCAAAUUGUCCUAGGGUAUCGGGCGUACCUGUUUGAUCUCUUUGGCCCUGUCAAGUACAUUUGGGAUGUUCUCUUAAAGUUCACCGAACCCUUCCGAGUUGCAAUUCGAGAAAUCCAUCGGCAAAGGGCGACGGUUAGCUUCAGCCCAACCCGAGCUCGAACAUGGACUCAAGGUAUCACAGGAGCGAGUGGGGACACAAACCAGACGCAGCCACGAACCGAAGGGGUCUGA